GGCGCCCCCCGUGUCAGACUUUGACUUUAGUUAGUAGAGGCAGCCCCUAUGGUAGUAGCAGCAGCAGCAGUUACAGCCCCAGCUUUUUUUUUCUUAUUUCAGAGAGUCGUGAAACAAGAACUGAAGAACAAGUUCCACCAAAGUUUUGUGUGGUGCCCACACACCAGUCAGUCGUCAGUUUGGACCAUGUUUCCUCUUGGCAUCUGCUCACCAAGUUCCUAGUACCAAUGCCGAUGUUGAAUCGGUUCGACGUUUAGUGAAUUUGUUUCCGGCCCACAGCCAUGAAACGUCUCGUGUGAAAACAAUCGAGAGCUAAAGUCUGGCUUGCCCCCCUCACUAGUGAUUGAUUGGCCUGCAACGCCACAACACACACAAGACAGACGAAAAAUAACCUAAAACCUAAACCUAAAAGAACAACUUUUUGGUGCUGCUGAUUUUUUUGUGUUUCAGUGUGCUGCAGCUUGUGUUGUGUUUGCAUUUCAAAGUGUUUGUUCAUCACUGACGCCAGUUUUUUCGUUUUCGAACCUUUCGUUUUGUUUUUUUGGAUCGACCAUUGGAAUUUUACACACACACACUCGUCUAAACAUUGACCGAAAAUCCCCAGAAAAAAAAGGUGUUUCCUUUCUUCUCUUUGGACUCGCUGGGUGGUGGUGGUGGUGUGGCCCGCUCCUCCUGGAUGGGAGUUCUUCCGAGAAGAUUGCAGCCACGACGACCGACUCCGGAGAAGACGAAAGAAUUUCGUUUUUCUUUAUCAUCCGCCUCCCGUUUCAACCAGAAUCCUUCUUCUGCUGCUUCUUCUUCUUUGAGAGGUUGAGCCACGAGUCGAAUUUUGGCUCCGUGUGUUAUCAGAAGCCUUUUCAAAGAAAAUCACUACCAGAUUUUCCUUUAUCCAAUUUUUGUUUCACUGCGAGCAGCCAAAUCAGCAACAAAAAAUCCUCAAAAAACGAAAAAGAAAAAGAAAAAAAAUAUUUUAAAAUUGGGGAAUUUUUGUUGGUAAAAGAAAUCCCUCCACCGGAAAAGAGACACACACACACCAAAAAUGGAGCGGUCUGGCCGGCGACCGUGGCUCUGGUUCUUCACCUGCUUGACGCUCGUCUCCUUGUUCCAAUUGAUGCAAUGCGCUGCCGAUGGCUCCUUCACUUCCAAUCACACCGUCAACUUCAUCGACUUCGUCAAAUAUUUGACACAUCCGCCCGAGAUUGUGGAGCGACCGAAAGACGUUGCCGUUCGUUCGGGAGGAAUCGCCGCGUUUUACUGCCGGGCCCGAGGAGAACCGACGCCUCAACUCUCAUGGCGCAAAAACGGACGCAAGGUUUCCCCGCAAUCGCCGCGCUACCUGGUGAUCCCGCAGCCGUCCAUGUCGGUCCUGCGGAUCGACUCGGCCAAGGCGGGCAAGGACGACGCCAAAUACGAGUGCGUGGCCGAAAACGGAGUCGGAGACGCCGUCGUCGCAUCCGCCACCUUAUCCAUCUACCCAGAAACGGAUUUGCCCUCUGGAUUUCCGCGCAUCACGUCGUGGCCGGCUCAAUUACCCGUCGUGGAAAAGGGGCGGACUCAUCUCCUGGAAUGCGGAGCUUCCGGCAUUCCGGAACCGUCCAUCUCUUGGAUUCGUGACAUGGUGCCCGUCAAUCUUUCGAAUCCGCGCUACCAGCAAAUCGCUUCCGACUCGAAAUCCAAAGGUUCGCUGCAAAUCACCAACAGCGAAGAAGAGGAUCAAGGCAAAUACGAAUGCGUGGCCGAGAACUCGCUGGGCAUUGAAAUAUCGAACGUGUCGACGCUGCACGUCAGAGUGCGCCGUGUUCCGCCCUACUUUUCGAUGCCGGUGCAAUCGAUCCACGAGGUCAAGCCCGGCUCGUCGCUCAACAUCACUUGCGUGGCCGGCGGCUCGCCCAUGCCGUACGUCAAGUGGCGCAAAGGCCUGGAGGACCUGGAGCCGGAGCAUUCGCUGCCCAUUGGCCGCAACAUCCUCGUCUUGGAAGACAUACAAGAGUCGGCCAAUUACACUUGCGUCGCUUCCAGCAAGCUGGGCCAAGUGGAAAACACGACCUUUGUCCGCGUCGAAGAACUGCCGUACGCGCCGUCCAACGUCCGCAUUUCCGAGAUAACGGCCACUUCGGUGCACAUCAGCUGGCACUACGACGGGCCGCCGAGCGAGGCCGUCGAGUUUGUGAUCCAGUACAAGCCGAAAUUGGCGGCGGCCUCUGAGCAUUCGGAAGUGGUCGGCCUCAAGACCAACUACUACACAGUGCAGGGACUCAACCCGUUCACUGAAUACGAGUUCUACGUCGUGGCUGUCAGCGCCAUCGGCCGUGGUCUGGCCAGCACGGCCACCUUCGUCACCACGGGAGAAACAGCCGAUCCCACAUACGGAGGACCAAAGCCCGGAUCUGCCCCUAAAAACGUGCAAGUGAGACCGUUGAGCUCGACGACGAUGGUGAUCCAGUGGGAAGAGCCCGACACGCCCAACGGCCAAGUAAUUGGCUACAAAGUGUUUUACACGAUGAACCCGGGGAUGCCGAUCGCGUCGUGGGACUCGCAGGUGGUGGACCACAACCCGCUGACGACCAUCAGCGACUUGACGCCGCACACGAUUUACACGAUCCGCGUGCAGGCGGAGACGAGCGUCGGCGGCGGACCGCUGUCGACGCCCGUCCAGGUCAAGACCCAGCACGGCGUGCCCAGCCAACCGACGGGACUGAGGGCCAUCGACGUCUCGGCCACUUCGGUCUCGCUCGAAUGGGCACGACCUCAUCACACGGGCGAAAAUGUCAACAGCUACGAACUUUACUGGAACGACACGUUCACCAAAGAGAAACAUCAUCGGCCUCUGCCCGUCAGUGAAACGUAUGUCCUCAACGGCCUCCAACCCAACACGCUCUAUUACAUUUGGCUGGCGGCCAAAUCGAAACGCGGCGAAGGGGCCACCACCCCGCCGAUCCCCGUACGAACCGACCAAUACGUGCCGACAGCGCCGCCUGAGAAUGUGCGGGCCGAGCCGGAGGACAGCAGUUCGGUGCGGGUCAUGUGGAGUCCGCCGCCGGUGGACAAGCAGAACGGCCACAUUUCCCACUACAAGCUGUAUUACGUGGAGGCCAGCCGGCCGGACAAGGAGGCCAUUGAGAUGAUGCUCAAGAGUCCGUUGCAGGACGGGACGGAAUUCAAACUGGAGGAGCUCAAGAAAUGGACCCAGUACCGCAUUUGGCUCCUGGCCGGCACCGUGGUCGGAGACGGCCCUCCGUCCGAGUCCAUCACCGUUCGAACCCAAGAAGAUGACUCCGUCAUUGUUCCCGGCGAUCCGCAGAAAGUGGCCGUCGUUUCGGUCAACUCGACGUCGAUCCGAGUCGAGUGGAAACCGCCCGUCGAAAAGGAACAGUACGGCAUCAUCCGCGGAUACCAAAUUCACGUCCAGGAAGUCGACGCAAAGGAUGCCGUUGUUGGCCAGCCGUUGCGAUACGACGUCGGCGCCGUUGAGGAAUACACGAUCGGCGGUCUCCAGCCGGACACGUCCUACUCGAUCCAGGUGGCCGCACUCACCCGUAAAGGCGACGGGGCUCGUUCAGCUCCCAAGAAAGCGACGACGCCCGGCGGCGUCCCCAACCGCCCGGCCGUCAACCUCAAAAUCGUCAAGGAAGAGCCGACCGUCAGCGUCGAAGUGGCCUGGAGCCGGCCCACUCAGUCGUAUGGCGAACUGAAAGGCUACCGGCUGCGUUACGGACCCAAGGACACGUCGGGCAUGCCGGCCAGCGACAACAACAUGAUCGAGCUGGCCCUGGACGGAACGCAAGUCCAGCACCGACUCAUUGAAGGCCUCGAGCGCGGAUUGGAGUACGAAUUCCGGGUAGCCGGACGCAAUCACAUCGGCUUCGGCCAGGAAGCCGUCCAGGUUCUGCCGACGCCGGAAGGGGCCCCGUCGGGUCCGCCAACCAACAUCACGUACCGUUUCCAGACGCCCGACGUGGUGGUCAUCCGCUGGGACGUCCCGGCCCUGGAGCACCGCAACGGCCGAGUGACGGGCUACCUGAUUCAAUUCUACAAGAAGGUGGACAACAGCGUCGUGACGGAGCGCAACGUGUCGGGCUCGAUGGGCAAGGCCGUCUUCACUUCACUGGAGGAGAACAUGGACUACGAAUUUCGCAUCUACGCCAGGACCAACAAAGGAUCGGGUCCGUUCAGCGACCGCGUCCUCUUCCGGACGGAGCGGGACAUUGUCCGGGCGCCCAUGACGGUCCGCGCCAUGGCCACUUCCUUCUCUUCUGUCGAGGUGUGGUGGGAGACGGUGCCCGGCCGGGGCAAGGUCAUCGGCUACACGGUCUUCUACACAAUGACGGCCGUCGACGACCUGGACGAGUGGCAGCAGAAAUCGGUGCCGGUGACGGGCUCGUGCGAGCUGUCCAACCUGGAGCGCAAUUCCCAGUACGCGGUGACGGUGGCGGCCCGGACCAAGUCGGGCUACGGCCGUCUGUCGGACAAGGUGACGGUGACGGUCAAGCCGGAAGACGUUCCGACGGAGCUGCGUGCCCACUCUGUCAGCACCCACUCGAUGUCGCUGUCGUGGCAGCAGCCGAUCCGGCUCAACCCCAUCAGCUACAAGGUGACGUUCGACGCCGUCAAGGAGUUUGUCGACUCGCAGGGCAUCACUCAGACGCAGGUCAUCAGUCCGCAGACGUCGAUCCUAUCGCAGGACACGCUGACCUUUUCCGUCAACGAGCUCUCGCCCUUCACCACCUACAACGUCAACGUCAGCGCCGUGCCGCCCGACCGCUCCUACCGGCCGCCGGCCCGCAUCACCGUCACCACUCAGAUGGCGGCCCCGCUGCCCAUGGUCAAGCCGGACUUUUACGGCGUCCUCAACGGCGAGGAGAUCACGGUCAUCCUGCCGCAGGCCUCGGAGGAGUACGGACCCAUCAGCCACUACCUGCUGGUCGUCGUGCCGGAAGACAAGCGCAGCGAGCACAAGCAGCCGGACCAGUUUAUGAACAGCGAUUUGAUCCAGGCCAACAGUCACGCCGGAGGUGGAGGUGGUGGCGGUGGUGGAGGCGUCGGUGGGGGACAGCAGGGUCACGGCAAUCUCAAGGCCGGCACGAUGAAACCGUCGGAGGAGCGGGUGCAGCCCUACGUGGCGGCCAAGUUCCUGCGCCGCAACGUGCCCUACACUUUCCUGCUGGGCAACGGCGAGGAGUUUGAGGGCAUGCUCAACCGCAAACUGGACAAGAUGAUGCGCUACCGGGUCUUCCUCCGGGCCGUCGUCGACACGCCCCACAAGCACCUCUACACGUCGAGUCCGUUCUCCGACUACCUGGCGCUGGACAUGCGCGAAGCGCCCGCCGGCGAACUGCCGCAGCGGCCCAACCCCAACGUGGGCAACGUGGACUCGUCGUACGUGCCCGUCCCGUCCGAGACGGAGGAAGCCGGCCUCCUGUGGAUCGCCCUGGCCACUUCGGCCGUCGUCUUCGUCAUCCUGCUGGUCAUCGUGGCCGUCGUCUGCUCGCGCAAGAAGCGCCGCUCUCCCAAAUCGUCUGACCACUCGUCCGUCACCAAGCCGCUGAUGGGCGGCGUCGGUCUGGCCGACGCCUCCCUGUCGGCCGGCGGGGCCGGAGCCGCCGGAGCCUCAACGGCCGUCAACGACCCGGUGGAACUGCGUCGGCUCAACUUCCAGACGCCGGGCAUGGCCUCCCACCCGCCCAUCAUCAUCCACGACAUUUCGCUGCACAUCGACGCGCUGAAGAUGAACGACAAUCUCAAGUUCUCGCAGGAGUACGAGUCGAUCGAGACGGGCCAGCAGUUCACGUGGGAGCACUCGAACGCCGAGAUCAACAAGCCCAAGAACCGCUACGCCAACGUCAUCGCCUACGACCACUCGCGCAUCAUUUUGGAGCAGGUGCCGGGCGUGCCCGGCAGCGACUACAUCAACGGCAACUUUUGCGACGGCUACCGCAAGAGGGACGCGUACAUCGCGACCCAGGGGCCGCUGCCCGAGUCGUUCGCCGACUUUUGGCGCAUGUGCUGGGAGCAGAAGACGUCGACCAUCGUCAUGAUGACGCGGCUGGAGGAGCGGGCCCGCAUCAAGUGCGACCAGUACUGGCCCAGCCGCGGCUCGGACACAUACGGCGUCGUCAGCGUCAUGAUCACGGACGUCCAGGAGCUGGCCACCUACUGCGUCCGCACCUUCCAGCUCCACCGGCUGGGCACCAGCGAACACCGCGAGAUCAAGCAGCUCCAGUUCACGGCCUGGCCGGAUCACGGCGUGCCCGACCACCCGGCCCCUUUCCUCCAGUUCCUCAAGCGAGUCAGGGCCCUUAAUUCGGCCGAGGCCGGCCCCAUGAUCGUCCACUGCAGCGCCGGCGUCGGCCGGACGGGCGCCUUCAUCGUCAUCGACUCGAUGCUGGAGCGUCUGCGCUACGAGAACACGAUCGACGUCUACGGCCACGUGACGGUCCUCCGUGCCCAGCGCAACUACAUGGUCCAGACGGAGGACCAGUACAUCUUCAUCCACGACGCCCUGCUGGAGGCGGUCACGUGCGGCGACACGGAGAUCCCGGCCCGCUCGCUCCACGCCCACCUGCAGAGUCUGAUGCAGCCGUGCGUGCGCGGCGACUCUGGCACCCUGUCCAGCAUGACGGGCAUGCAGCAGGAGUUCAAGAAGCUGGCCGGCAUCCGGACGCAUCCGGGCCGCUUUGUCAGCGCCAGCCUGCCCGUCAACAAGCCCAAGAACCGGCUGGUCAACGUGUUGCCCUACGAGUCGACGCGGGUGAUCCUGCAGCCGAUGCGCGGAGUGGAGGGCAGCGACUACAUCAACGCCAGCUUCGUCGACGGCUACCGCUACCGCAACGCCUACGUGGCCACCCAGGGGCCGCUGGCCGAGACGACCGAGGACUUUUGGCGCAUGUUGUGGGAGCACAACUCGACCAUCGUCGUCAUGCUGACCAAACUGCAGGAGAUGGGCCAGGAGAAGUGCCACCAGUACUGGCCGUCGGACCGAUCCAUCCGCUACCAGUACGUCGUGGUGGAGCCCGUCACCGAGUACAACAUGCCGCAGUACAUCCUGCGCGAGUUCAAGAUGACGGACGCCAGGGACGGACAGUCGAGGACGGUGCGCCAGUUCCAGUUCACCGACUGGCCGGAGGAGGGCGUGCCCAAGUCGGGCGAGGGCUUCAUCGAAUUCCUGGGCCAGGUCCACAAGACCAAGGAGCAGUUUGGCCAGGAGGGACCCAUCACGGUCCACUGCAGCGCCGGCGUCGGCCGCACCGGCGUCUUCAUCACGCUCAGCAUCGACUUGGAGCGGAUGCAGUACGAAGGCGUCGUCGACGUCUUCCAGACGGUCCGCAUCUUGCGCACCCAGAGGCCGGCCAUGGUCCAGACGGAGGAUCAGUACCAGUUCUGCUACCGGUCGGCGCUGGAAUAUCUGGGCUCGUUCGACCACUACGCCGGAUGCGACUGACGUCAGGGGACACAGUGCGAGGCGGCCGGUGGCUCGUCGACACCGUCACCGCCUUGGUCGCAGGCCGAAUCCCGACUUGCUGUCCCUCCGUGGCACGCCUUCACCACACCGCCACUCUCCUCGCACUGUGCCCUUCGAUGAUAGGAUGAUAGGACGAAUAAGACAAACGUUUAUGAGAGACGGAUGGAUGGAUGGAUGGAGUCCGUCUCGUCUCUUUGUCACAAAAUAAGACACUCGAACAAUCCUUGCAAUGCCCCCACUACUCCUACCCCCACUCGUAUUCCUCCUCCGCGACCUCCUUUUUUCUAUGUCACUUUGCGUCUGAUGUUUGGGUUCUAGUUGAAAUCCAUUACCGUGUGCCGUGUGGUUCCAUCCGUCGCCAUCACAAAGAAAGUCAAAAGAAAAACAAAAAAAAAGAAGAGAAGAAAAGUUGCGGCCCGAAAUUUUUAAUUUAAAAACUGGAAACUAAAAAAAAAAAAAAGAAAAAAGAAGCGAAAACAAAAGGCACAAAAAGUCAAAAUGCGCGUCAAUUUUUUGGGGGGCCGGGUGACUUGAAAUUAAGGAAAGAAAAUAAAACUUUUUUGAAAUUCAGAAACCAACUCGCAACGCAAAAAAAAAAACCAAGAAAAGAUUAUUAAAAUUGUGUAAUGGCGCCAAUAAUGUACAGAUCCGGGUGUGGAGACGAGACGAGAUUUUUUUUUCUUGUUUGUUUUUAAAAAAGGAAAAAAGACAAAAAUUCCCGCAAAUACCGAUUAUUUUCAGUGUUCCGCUUUUUAUUACCAUACCGUACCGAAUUUGUGCGCUUUUUUACGGAGCCCCACGUCAGUUAUUAUCGAAGGCAGCUCACACCACACCAACAUUCUGCAUUCUGCCAUAUCAUUCCCGUCACGAGAAGACAAAUAACUAAAACAAAAAAAAUGGCACGCUGUAAUUUUGGGAUUUUAUUUUUAACUUUGUAAUUUAUUUAUUUCGUUGUUUUGUGCGAUAAUUGUUUUUUUUUUUAAGAAAACAAAACACGGAAACCGGAAAGGCCUUCCUCGGGGCGAUUUCAACUUUGUACUUAAGUUUUCUUUUUUUUUUUAAAAACCGUCGAGUUUCAUUUGUGUUUCUGAACGAUUACAACCGAUUUCCGUUGGCUCAUGUCUCUCAGCCUCAUACUGUCAGCGCGUUCGAUCCCCCACUCAUUAAUGAUUGUAUUAUUAUUCUCUUCAUCGUCGUGGCCAAUCCUCCCAACCGUUUCAUUAUUAUUUCCGUGUUCCUUCCCCCGUUUCAUUUUGAGUUGCGCGUUUUCGUGUCGUUGGUUUUCUGGUUUUCUUUUGGGCGCAGACGAAUAUUUCUGAUUUUUUCGAGAAAAUGUUGGUUUGUGUGUGUGUGUGUGUGUGCAAUUGCCGCGCGCGCGCGAGUGUGAUGUGCGUAUGUCUGUGUGUAAGUGUUUCUCAUCAUGCGUGUAUGUAGCCGCUUCGCUGGAAUUCGAACUGAAACUGAACUAUUGUGGGCAGCUUAUUUCGUUUUUCCCUUUAUUGUAAAUGUGUGACGAUUAUUACAACAAGAAAGGAAUAACGAAAAGAUGAUUAUGCAA